CAGCUACCCGCCACGUGUCACAUUUCCAUUGGUCCACCUAUUCUCCGGCCCACUGUUCCCUUAACUUUAACCAAACCCCCCUCCUCCUCUUCCUCUCUCCUCCCAUUCAUUCCUAUCGCUCCUUGCUUUGCAAGAGAAAGAUUCGCUGUGUCGAGAAAGAAGUAGGUAUUAGUGUAGCAUAGCAAAUAUGGUGGCAACUGAAGCAUCACGUGAGGAGAAUGUUUACAUGGCCAAAUUGGCCGAACAAGCUGAAAGAUAUGAAGAAAUGGUUGAAUUUAUGGAGAAAGUGGCAAAGACAGUGGAUGUUGAGGAGCUGACUGUGGAGGAAAGGAACCUCCUUUCCGUGGCUUACAAGAAUGUGAUUGGGGCUAGGAGGGCUUCUUGGAGAAUUAUCUCUUCUAUUGAGCAGAAGGAAGAGAGCCGUGGAAACGAAGAUCAUGUCUCUAUUAUCAAGGAGUACAGGGGAAAGAUUGAGGCUGAACUCAGCAAGAUCUGUGAUGGGAUUCUGAACCUUCUUGAGUCACAUCUCAUUCCUUCUGCCUCAUCUGCAGAGUCCAAGGUGUUCUACCUUAAGAUGAAGGGUGAUUACCACAGAUACCUGGCUGAGUUUAAGACGGGGUCUGAGAGGAAGGAGGCUGCUGAGAGCACUUUGUUGGCUUACAAGUCUGCUCAGGAUAUUGCUUUGGCUGACUUGGCUCCUACUCACCCAAUAAGGCUGGGACUGGCUCUUAACUUCUCUGUUUUCUACUAUGAAAUCCUCAACUCCCCAGAUCGUGCUUGCAAUCUUGCAAAGCAGGCUUUUGAUGAAGCUAUUUCUGAGCUCGAUACAUUGGGUGAGGAAUCAUACAAGGAUAGCACAUUGAUCAUGCAACUUCUCCGAGACAACCUGACAUUGUGGACAUCUGAUAUCGCGGAUGAAGGUGGGGAUGAGAUCAAGGAAGCUUCAAAACGUGAGUCAGGAGAGGCACAGUAGUGACAUGUUUGUAUUAGAUGUACUUUUAUCAUUUGUGACCUUAAUAUAGAUUGCUGCAUUUGGGUGGUUGUAGAAAGACUUGAUGUAUUCGAAGAUCUCCGAGUACUGGUGUGCUCAGGGGUUUGUAAUGCUUCUAUAUAGGUUAUAAGCUUGUUAUUAAGGCAUACCGAAAGAAUAUGGUUUGGUGGUUGAUGACUGUUAUUCAAGACAGUCCUUGAAUCAGUGAUUUCUUGUUCGAAUACAAUGGCUUGAGGUGAUUGUUAUUUC